UAUUAUGCCGUGUGUUUUAAAAAUUUCAGUAGAUGGAAAUUCUUAAAUUAAUUUAAGAAUAAUUUUGACAGGAAACUUCAGUUACGCUGUUUUUUAUUCAUAAGAAACCAUGGGAUCUAUCAGCAGAUUCAAAUAUCCAGUUUCUGAAGUAAAGACUUUCAAUUUCAUUUGUGAAGAAUCUGCCUAUUAAGUUGUUGGAGUACAUACAGUAAAACCAUGGCAUUUAAUAGUUUAUGUCUUUGAAAGCCUUAAAGAUUACAAGAAUUGCUGCAUAAAGAUUUUUAUUUAUGGUAAAGGUAUAUGAAAAUGAAAUUUUAAAAUUAUAACAUUCCAUAUCAUUUUCCAUAAAUGCUACAAAGAAUAUGGCUUCUAAUAAAAGUAUGAUGCCAUAUGAUAUAGUGAAUCAAUUGCUUUCUGAUAUGGUUGAAGUUACUUCCAAGCAUUUUGAAGAGCAUAACAGUGGUUUAUGUGAUAAUGAGAUUAACUGUAGUCCUAAGCAAGAAUCAUCUGGUAAUGAAAUAAAUUGUGAUAAUAAAGAUCUUCCAGUUCGUAGAAGCAGUCGUAUUAAGCAUUUGACUGUGCAGCAAGAUAAAGUUAAAAAGAAAAUUGGGUCAAAGCAAAACAGAAGUAUUAAAAAUUCUGAAAGUAAACCAAUAGAAGAAAAUCACCAGUCAUCUCCUAAAGAAGAGAACAUUCAAAUUGAUGUUGUUUCAAGUAAAGGUAGUGAUGAAAUAUUGAAUUCAAAAAAUGAAGUAUUAUCCGAUUCGAACAAAGAUGAUAAGCAUGAAGGAGCUAAAAGCCAGAAGAUAAACAAAAGAAGUCAAAGGAGAGGAUCUGCAAAAUCUGAAAAAGAAGAUACAAAAUUUGAAAAAUCAAAGACUGAUAAGAAAAAAUCAACUCGAAAAAAGAAGUACAAUUUGACUGAAUCUGUUGAAAACUCAAUAGACAAAGUUAUUGAUGAUGUAAUUAAUGCUUCUUUAAAUUAUGAAGAUUCUGUAACUAAGUCUGAAAUUUUACCUAUUAUUAUUACAACUCCUUGUAGUGUUGUUGUUGACGAUUUACAAAAUGAAAUUCGUGUUCCUGAAAUUUCGAAUAAUAGUACAAAGCAAAGUGAUAAUCAAAAUCUGGAUAUUAAAGAAAAACAAUCUGAAAGUAACUGUUUAAAACCGGUUAAAGUGAAAUCCCGAUGGUGGCAAUCUAGUAAACUUGAAGGUGUAUUAAAUACUGAAACAACAGAUACUGUUGCUGAAUCCACAACAGUUGCUCAACAGCUUCCUACAUUAGAAUCAACCACUCCACUGCUAACUAGUGAAUCAAAAGUUGAUUCAAGUGAUCAGAAUAGUUUAAUUUUGAAUGAAAACUGUAUAGAAGUUUUGGAUACAGUUAUAUCAACAGAAAAGCCUGAUUAUGAACACAUUGAUGAAAACAUAUAUAGAUUUGAAAGAAAAAAGUCAAAAAGCAAAAAACAAGUAAGGCGUAUGGUGUGUGAUUGCACACUCACAAAAGAAGAAAUAGAAUGUGGAAUGCUUGGGUGCAAAGAAGAAUGUUUGAAUAGGUUAUUGAUGAUUGAAUGUGGAUUUCGUUGUCCUCUGGGUGAUGCAUGCUCAAACAAGAGAUUUCAAAAAAAGCAAUAUGUGAAAUCUGAAAUCAUAAAGACUGAAAAAAAGGGCUGGGGCUUAAGAGCAUUAGAAGAUAUUUCUAUUGGAGAAUUCUUAAUGGAAUUUGUUGGUGAAGUUUUGAAUCACAAAGAGUAUCGACAACGGGUUAAACUUUAUGCCAAAGAAAAGAAUAUUCAUUGUUAUUUUAUGGCUCUUAAAACAGAUGAAAUAUUGGAUGCCACUUAUAAAGGAAAUCUAACACGCUUUAUCAACCACAGUUGUGAUCCAAAUUGUGAGACACAAAAGUGGACUGUUAAUGGUGAAUUACGUGUUGGAGUAUUUGCUAGACGUCCUAUUUCUGUUGGAGAAGAAUUUACUUUAGAUUAUAAGUUCCAGCGUUAUGGCCGUGAAGCUCAAAAGUGUUUUUGUGGCUCUGCUCUUUGUUCAGGCUAUAUAGGUGGAGAGAAACAAAUAUCUAUAGAUGCAUACAGUGGUGUUAGAUCUAAUGUCUCAAAAAGGAAGAAAGGAUCAGAUGAUAAAAAGAGAGAAUGGGAAGAUCUAGCAUUGGAAGAAGAAAUAGAAAAGCUGAAUUCUGUCAAGGGACUUAGAAAUAGAGAAGAAACAUUGAAAUUUGCAAGACUAAUGGUCCGGGCUGAGGAAAGUAGUGCACGGCACCAGUUACUUGAUAUUAUUAUUAAAACUGAAGAACAAGCAUGUUUACGACUGUUUUUGGAUUACCAUGGACUUCCUUUGCUCUGGAGUUGGAUGACAGAUACUGUUGAACUAGAUUUAAAAAUAAAGAUUUUGCAAGUUUUAGCAUUACUUCCAGUUUCAAAUAAAACGAUGCUGCUUGAUAGCAAAGUUAUGAACAUUGUUGAAAAAUGGGUAAAGGAGUUUGCUGCUGAUAAACAGGAGGAUUCCGACAUUAAAGAAUUACAAUCUUCAUUGACAUCACUUUCUGAUGAAAAUUCUGAACCUGUAUGUAAAAAGCUAAAAAAUGUUGAGAUUUCUGAUAGUGAAACUGACAGCAAUGGUUCUAACAAUACUAAUGAAAAUGCUUCUGAAAGUUCCAUAUUAAAUGAAAACUUCAAAACUGAAAUUCUGAAAAGUGAAAUGUCACCAUCUGAACCUGCAGCAGAUGUCAAAUCUCCCAGUGAUUUUCAAAAUUCCAAAAUUGAGCCGAAGGAAGAUGAUCCUCAAUAUGAACUUAAGAAAAGCAUUUUAAGUAAAGGAGUUGAUCUUUUAAAUAACUGGAAAAACCUGAAAGAGGUAUUUCGUAUUCCACGCUUGGAACAACAAAAAAGGAAGGAAGAUGAACUGGAAGCUGAUCAUCAUAUGAUGAGUGUUUGUGCUAAAACAGAAGAAAAGAAACCUGAAGUAGUAGAAGUUACUGGUGAUCAAAUACAAGUUUUGAUUUCUGGCAAAACCCCAAGCUUCUCUGAUAAUAUUAGAAGUAUGUACUCUUUUGAGUAUGAUAACCCUGAUAUGAAUUACAAAAUGGAUGACCGAUCUCGCAAUAAUCUAUUACAAGUUCCUCAAAAUAAUAAUAAAAUGAAGAAAAGGCCUUUUAUUUCCAAACCUAAAAUGGACGAUCUUACUCAAAGGAAAUUGAAAGAAGAUUCAGAUUCAUCUCUAGAGAGUGCAUCUUCUAGUUUGUCUGGUGCAAGUCCAAUUAUUCAGCCUUCCAGUCGACCAGCACUUUUGCCAACACCCACAUUUGUGAAUCAGCCUCCAGUUAAUUUUCCUCCUCCAAUAAAUCCUCCUGUUGCACCACUUCCACAUUUAGAACAAGCUCCUCCAACAAUGUAUCCACCUCCAAUUGUUUACCCUCCAUCGCAGGUUCCAUUUGUUAAUACAGGAGCACCUCCACCGGUGCUAUCACAUCCACCAACAUCCAUUCCUCCACCAACUGCAGUAAUCCCACAGCCUUCACCACUUUUACCACACCCACCAAAUACUAGCAUUCCACCUGUCAACACAGCCCUCCUGCCAAAUCCAAACACCUUCCAGUUACCACCAAAUAUGCCUCCUGCAUCAGCUGUUCCAGGUUCUGCUCCAUUUAUUCCAAACCAAAAUUCAACUGUACCCAAUUAUCCACCUGGUCCAAAUCCAUUUGGGAACCAAGGGCAACCAUUUUAUUUUAUGCAGCAACCACCUACCAUCCCAAAUGUGCCACAAAGUGAAAAUAUGGGGGUCCAGUCAGCUCCUCCAAUGUCAGUGCCUCCUGUCAAUCCAGUGCAAAUGCAGCCAACAUCAUUUCCUUUGCCUUCCUCUACAUCAUUACCUCCUACAUCUUCUAUACCCAUACAAGUUCCAACAUCUCUGCCUAUUCAGCCAACAACUUCUCUAGCAGUACCAACAGCUGCCAUUCAACCUACUGAUACAGUUUCAAUUACUACAUCGCCUGUUGAUAAAGAGGAGUCAAAACCUGUGAAACUUCCUAAACUUUGGCGAUCAGCUACUGAUUCUGAGGGAAAUGUGUAUUAUUAUCAUUCAGUUACUAGGCAAACUCAAUGGGAUCCUCCAAGUAUGGAUGAGGCAGAAGAUGAAUCGGAAGAUGAAGAUAUGGAUUCUGAAUCUGAAGAGUCUGAGUCUUCAGAUACUCCAACAUAUGAUGAACCAAAAGUUUCUAAUAAACAUGUGAAACGAAAGCCCAAAAAAAGAAAAACUACAAAAGCAGCAGCAGACACUAGUGUUUCCAUUACUGUAAGACCAGAAGUAGCUAAAAAAAUUAAGGAACUUUUUAGAACCAAAAUGUCUUCAUACAUUGUUCAUUGCUUGAAUGCUUAUCGUAAACCAGACUGCAAAAUUGGUCGAAUAACCAGCAAUGAAGAUUUCAAGUACUUGGCUAGAAAGUUAACUCACUAUACAAUGACAAAGGAACUGAAGCAAUGCAAAAGUGUGGAAGAUCUUGAUUGUAAUGAGUGUGUAAUGCAUAAGGCAAAAGAUUUCAUAAAGAAAUAUAUGUCCAAAUAUGGUUCCAAAUACAGCAGAAAAGAAAAGUAUUCUCCUCCUGAUGCUUGAAACAUAACAUAAGAAACUCCUUCACCUGUAUGUAGCCCGGAUACAUUUUUUU